ACGUGAUCGCGGCGUUAUGUGCGUUGCACGCGCCAAAAUAAUAUCACAGUGCCACCUUCAAUUAUUGCGGAGGCGUCAUGUAAUCAGAAUAAAUCGACUUUGCAAUCAUUCGGAGAUGAGCACUUCAGAAAAUGUCCUGGAUUUCAUGGCGUUGCGAACUGGAAGGUUUUUCGGAGACUAGAUUGAGAAAAUUUAUAAUAAUUAUCAGGCUUUAAAGAUGAUCAAAAAUUUCAAACCUGAAAACAGCACAAAACUACGUUUAUCAAGCAUAAAAUUACUACUUCUGAUUAAAUUAACGUGACAAAAAUUACGAGACGACCAUGCGGAAAUUGAUGUCUGGGUAACUUGUGAAAUAAUUUUCCUCAUGGAAAAUUGGCUUGGAGAAUGUGGCGGUCGUAAGUUGAUCGAAUUGAUUGACUUUUGGCUCCCGGAGACAAGGGCCAAGGUGAAUCAUGAUUUUCGAACUAAGAGAAAAGAAGUAAUUGCUAAAUAAAACAACCAGAAGAUUUAAUUAACCCUUCGAUGCUGCAAAGAGGAUCUGUAUCACGAAUGAACCCAGCUAGACACGCCCGUUAGCAGAUUUCUAUAUCAGUCAUUUAAUACUAUAAGACCUACCGGAAAUUUGCAGUUAUCUGCAUUCCUUUCAGGGUCGAAUCAACAAGAUGAUUGAUCGUAGAUGUGACUGACAGAUGCCAUCAGUGAAUUUACACAAGAUCUGCAAGUGUGUUUGGAAUACAGAAUUCAUGCAGGUGCAUAUUUUAAGCCUCCACAAUUUCAUUUAUGAAAGAAGAAGGAUUAGUGUGAAUUUAUAAAAGGGUCAGUCUGAAGGAAAAACGUAAAAGGAAACGAAUCAAAGCCGGAAGUAUCGAAGAUCCCUACAGACUGGAUAGUUUGAAUUUCCUGCCGGUGACAUUACUAUUAAUGAACCAAAUAUGAUCUUGACGUAGAAUAUAAAAUGACUGCUGCAAUGGGCUUGGUACAGCAGCAGGUUGCGUCUCAGGACACUGUAGACUAUGUGGAUUACCUGAAGACUUCCCAUAAUCGUAAAGUCCUCGGGAGCUUAAAUGAUCGGUAUCAACUGCAGCAGAACAGUCAGAAGCAAGACAACAGAGAACACAAUACGAGUUUUACGAGCACUAAAGGCCUGCUCAAUGGACCAGGACAGAAUAACUGCUUCCUUAACAGUGCUGUUCAGGUGCUGUGGCAUUUGGACAUCUUCCGGAGAAGUUUUCGAGAAUUGUCUGGCCAUGCUUGCAUGCGUGAGUCCUGUAUAUUUUGUGCUCUCAAGGACCUGUUUUCGCAGCUGCAGUUUUCGCAGGAUAGUGCUCUACCUCCUGAUGCAUUACGACGAGCCUUGGCCGAAAGUUUUCUCGACCAACAACGAUUUCAGCUUGGUUUUAUGGAUGAUGCUGCUGAGUGCUUUGAAAAUAUUCUAUUACGAAUUCAUCUUCACAUUGCAAGUGGAGAGGCGGAGGAUAUGUGCAGUGCACGACACUGUGUCCCUCACCAGAAAUUUGCUAUGACAUUAGUGGAACAAAGUGUUUGUGGAGCAUGCGGAGCUACAUCAGAACCACUUCCAUUCACACAGAUGGUCCAUUAUGUCUCGGCAUCAGCACUUACAUCUCAAGCACGGCAAAUUUUACCAGCUUCCAAGAAUAAUCCAGAUUUAUUUGGUCAACUUUUGCGAAAAGCUGGUGGUAUGGGAGACAUCCGUGACUGUCCAAGUGCGUGUGGAGCUAAAAUACAGAUUUGUCGAACGCUGAUGAACAGACCAGAGAUAGUAUCAGUUGGAGUCGUAUGGGAUAGCGAAAGACCUUCUCUUGAACAUAUCAUGGAUGUGUUCGCAACUGUCGGUACGUGCCUACGACUCAGCGACGUUUUUCACAGUGUUGUAGACUCGCGUUGGGGUGCUUCCACUGUUCAUAAUCUCGUUGGGGUAGUCACGUACUACGGCAAGCAUUAUUCAACGUUCUUCUUCCAUACAAAGUUGAAGGUAUGGAUUUACUUUGAUGACGCAACUGUUAAAGAAAUCGGUCCACGUUGGGAGCAAGUUGUUGAGAAAUGUAGAAAAGGUCGAUAUCAACCUCUUUUACUUUUAUACGCUACUCCCGGCGGAACUCCAGUAAAUACGGAAAAUGCUCCAAAAAUUGUCACUCCUUUUCCCAAUACCAAAGGUUGGAAAACUUCACCACAGAAAAAUAAUGUUAGGAGAUCUGUUACACCUAGUCCUGAAAAACCUCUCAUUAAUAAUACUGCCAGACGAGCGAUAACUCCUAAUCCUGAUAGUCCGCCUCACGUUUACACUCAGCGAAGAGUUUAUAGCGACUAUCAAAAUCUUACUGACAUACAGAAUAAUAUCUUUGGAGUAAAGGAUGUUGAUGUAGUGGAUGGUGAGAGUGAAUCCAAGUAUAUUAGUCGACGAGCUGUAGAAAACGUGAUGCAACAGCAGAAGAAACAGCAAUUGCAACUGACACGAAGUCUGAGUGCGGGAUCCAAUUCACAAGACGGCAUUAGUAUUCCGGAUCACUUGAAUGUACCUCGAAGACGUGAUUCGGGUAAUUGGUCAGGAGACAGAAACAGUGCUUCUUCUAGUUCUUCAACAACGAUGGAUAAUCCUUAUCUAUAUAUAGUAAAUAAAAUGCAAAGGAAUUCAGGAAUUCCUAAAAGUCCUACAAGUAAAUCUGGAGAGUUAUCUAGUAGUAGUAGUGGCCACUAUGACGCUGGUUAUGAUUCUUAUUCUCUUUCUUCAACUGACAGUCUUCCACUUCAACAAGGACUUAAACAUAAUUUACAACUUGCUCAAAUACCCGAAGGAUAUCAGCCGGCGCCUGGAGACGAUUGUGAGCGACUUUGCAAAGAGACUGAUGCUCUACUUGACAAAUCCCGAGCAGCUGAAGAUGCUGGAGACUUAGAUACUGCAGCAGCACUUUGUUAUGCUGCGAGUGGUAAAGCUAGAGCUGCCAUGGACGCGCCUUACAAUAAUCCUCAUAGUAUAACAAUUGCUAGGAUGAAACAUAACACCUGCGUUAUGCGAACACGAAGCCUUCAUAGAAGGAUAUUGCAAGAGCAAGCAAUAGCUAAUGGUGAAAAAGAUGAAUCGCUUCCGGAAGGAAGACAUUCACGAGAGAGUAGUAAAUCAGGACAACACUCACGUCAAAAUUCACGUGACAAAGGUAAUCAUUCUCGACAGAAUAGUCGGGAAAUGUUAGUUAAUGUAUCUUCAGAAGCUAUAGAUAAACCUGCUACUAAAAAUAUUGAGAUUUAUGCGACUCUGCCUAAGAAGAAAACGUUGAGGAGUAAAGUAACAGCUGUAAAUGUUAUUGAAGAUGAAGAAUAUAUGCUUUAUGAUAAACCAACGCAACGAACAGGAUUUUUUGGUCGAACUAAAAGAUGUGAUGAUCAAAAGGAGAAAAAGCGUGCCAGAAGUGAAGAAAGAAAUAAAAAUAUUGCAAAAGACUUUUCUAUUGCACCAUCAAAGCCAACACCCUCACCAAAAAAUUCUAAACAAGAUAAAAAAGAAAAUCCAGAAAAUUCUAAGAACUUACCUAAUGGUGUUGAAACACUUACUGAUCAAAAACAAGGAAAGAAGCAGCAUAAAAUUAGAAGGAAAUUGUUAAUGGGAGGAUUAAUUAAGAGGAAGAAUCGAAGUAUGCCAGAUCUUCGGGAAGGACAAGAUGGCCAGCCGAUCGCUCCUCCAGAGACUACUACUAACACUUUGCCAAAACAGUCUGUUGAUGAUUCAACAGUCGGUUUAAAGGGAAAUAAUGUUGGUCAAUCAUUGAGCGGUUAUUUAUCAGAGGGUCACCUGGAGUUUUCUGGUAAUAGUCCAAAUGGAAAUCCAAAUCUGGAACGUAGUCGUUUGAUGAGGAAAAGCUUCCACGGUAGCGCUGGAAAAGCGCUACAUGUUGCGAAAGUCCCUCCGCCACCGCCGCUCAGGACCACUUCCCAACUUAGCAAGGCUAAGUGUCCUGGAGAAGUGCACAACGAGCACCAAUCAGAUAAAUCAUAUAAUCCAUCUGAUGGGCAGUGUGCGAUGAAUUCUUCUCAAGAUCAAUCGACUAAUGCUUAUUGGAGUCAUUCUAAUCCCAUCAAUUUUAAUCCUAGUAGUCAAAUGUGCAGAAAUAGUUAUGAUGAUUACUCGUCGGAGCCUCAUUCAUUGCAAUUCCUACCUUCCUAUAAUUCAGAACAAAAUGUUAAUCCCGCAUUCACUUCACAAUCAAACCAGCAAAAUCUUGCAAAUAGCAAACCGAGGAUUCAAGAUGAUGUUAUUCAGUAUGCCAACGGUAUUCUUUAUGAACCUACUUUUGUUAUAACACGGGCUGAUGUGCACAACGAACAAAGUCCUGUAAAGACACAGCAGUUGGAAUCACUACCACCAUAUCCAGAGAAUACAAAUAUCAAUGUUUCACAUAGUCGUCAAGCAAGUGAAGAUUUUCCACCACCACCAUAUCCAACUGUUCCUUCAGUCACUCAUUCGCGUCAAGCCAGUGAAGAUUUUCCUCCACCACCAUCGCCUAUUGAAGUAGAUAACUCGUUGACUCAACAGACUGUUCAUCAUUCACAACCACAGCAGCCACAGACACAGACGUAUCAACAGACGACGGAAGCACAGCAAAUCAGCAGUUUACUUGCGCAGCUCCAAAUGAAAAGAGUUCAAAUAUUAACAUCAGAUAAUACAGGAGAAAGAAAAGCUAGUGGAGUACAAGAGGAAGAAGAUAAAAAUUCGGGUGAAACAUGGUUAAGAGAAUUACAAGCUAAACAAGCAGAGAGAAGAUUGAAAAAACAAGGUCCAUUGGAAGGUCAAGAUGUACCGCGAAGUAUCGCAAGAAGAACUAGUGAUUUAAUGAUGAAUAGUAUAGGACCCAUUAACCCUCAAUCUGGUGGCUUUGAUGUGCCGGAUUGUCCUAAGACAGUCUCAUCUGUUAAAGACAUGGCAGCAAGGUUUGAACAAAUUAAAUUACAAUCUGUUAAAACUGAAUCUGAUACCAAAAAUACAUUAAAAUCAAAUAAUAGUUCUGUUUCUCCAUCUCCAACCAUGGGAUUAAGUACUGAAUCUCAAAAGCAAAUUGAAGAAAAUACUCAGCUUCCAUUAUCAAGUGAAAAUCUUGCUGCAUUUUCUAAAUCAGAUAAUUAUUCAAGUCUUACUUCCAGCAUAGAAUCGAGUUCAAGUCAAGGUACAUUUGUAUCCGUUCCAACAGAAAAUUCACAUAAUCAAGUUCCCGGAUCCCAAAAUAGUGGAUUGAAUGCUGCUCUACUUUCUAUGUCAUUGGUAUUGCCUCAUGAAAAUGGGCUUCCGAUAGAUUAUCCUGAAGACGAUAUCAGCGAAGUAGCAAUGCAAAAUACUAUUCAAAAUACGACAAUUUUACCUAAUGAAGAUGAUAUGGCUCCGAAAAAAGCAAAACGACGAGUUGGAAAGAAAAAGAGUGUAUCAUUUUGUGAUCAAGUAGUUUUAGUUGCAACUGCUGAAGAUGAUGAAAAAGAUUCUUAUAUUCCUAAUCCAAUUAUCCAGCGAGUACUUCGUUCUGCUAUAAAUAAUCCUGAAACGGUUCAAGUUUUACGUGAGAUUCGAAGCUUACAGGAAGCAGAAUUGAAUCGAGAAAAUGGUCCUGUCACUAAAUUCCAACAGCAGACAUUGCCUUUGAAAAGUGAAGCCGAUAGUAUUCCAGCAACUCCAUUCCAAGAUCAAUUAAGGAGUGUGAAUUCUGUUACCUCAAUGGUUGAUUCAACAAGACAAGCUUUUAAUCGUCAGAAUGCAAAUGAAUUAAUUGGUUCUAAUCCGGAUACCAAGAAGCCUUUUACUUCCUACACUGCCGACGGUCAUGAAAUACGAGAGAAUUAUCCUACUGUUCAAACAUCACAGCCAAAAAUGUCAUACUCACCGACACAACAGCAGAUAAGAUAUACUCAAAGUGGUGUAGUUCCUUACUGUCAAUCGUCAUCGAUGAAUUCCCAAGGAUAUCCACAAAUUCAACCCGCACAUAUUCGAAAUCAAGCUAUUCCACCUUCGCAAAUUCAGAAACCUGCUAGCCCCUACACAGUUCAGUUAAGCAAUCAAUAUCCUCAAAUGAAUGGCCAGCAGCCACAAAAAGUCAAUAAUAAUGUUCAGAAGAGUUGUUAUCCGGCUUAUUAUCACCUGGAACAACAACAUAAUCAAAUGAAUAUUCAAAUGAGUGCUCAACAGUUUCAACAAAAUGGUUCUCAACGUAGUUCAAGUCUUAAUGCCAGUCCAAUAACUGUUCAACAUUCUCAACCACACGGAUAUCCUCUUAAUCAAUCUCCAAAUCCUUAUCAGCAAUACGCUUCACAGAAUCAAUAUCCUAUUAAUAAUUAUCAAAGUUAUCCUGGACAAAAUGGAAAUCAACAAGGUCGAUUGAAUCAAUCCGCGCCUCAAUAUCAAUCACCACCGAAUCCUGGUAAUUAUCAGCAGCAACAGAUGUCUGCUCAGCAUCAUCAGCAGUCAAGCAUGCAGCCACAAUCGGUUCAAUCUCAUCUCCAAAUGCCUCAACAACACCAAGCUUAUCAACAAAAUUAUCAAAGGCCACCUCAGAAAGUUGAUCAACCAAUUGUAUUAGGUCCUAAUCAGGUGUACCCUAAUUCUUUACAAAACGGACAAAUUCAGCCUAAUAUGAAGUAUCCAAAUUAUCAACAUCCACCGAUGCUUAAACAAGUUAAACAAGUUUCAAUGCAAGGCAACUCCAAAAGCCCAACAGGAAUGAUGUCAGCACCAAACUCAAUGCAAAAAUCAGUUUCUGCUUCAGCCAUACCUAGAGCUGCUCCUUGUAAUCUAUGUCGUAAGAAACAAAUCGUUGAACCAGCUAUAUAUUGCUCAGAUUGUGAUUUUUAUAUGUCUCGGUUUCGACCAAAAAACUAAGAUUACUACGUUAGUCGUUAUACAAGUGCCAUCGUUUCGCUGAAUAAUUUUUUCAGUGAAGAUUGGUGGCGGUUAGGAACUUCUUUAAAUGCAUUCAUAUAAGACUUAGCAAAAAAGCAAUUAUUAUACUACAGCAAAAACAAUUUUGUAUGUCAAUGUAAAUUUUAAUUUUAGCCGAAGCUGUCGUUUGUCUCCCGUGCAUUUUAAACUUUAAUUUAAAUUUUUGUAGUAAUUAAAUUAAUUUUUUUUAAUCUUCACUGUUGUAAGUAGUUGAAGAAAUGUAUUAUUUAGUUGAGUUAAAAAAUUAUUAGUAGAAUAGAAUGUAUAUAAUUAAUAGACAAGUUUUAAAAGUAUUAAUUAUUAAUAUUGGUGGUUGAAAUAUUGAGAUUUCAAACCUGGAGCGAACCAGGAAUUUUAUUACAAAUCAUGUGUAGAUAGAUUAAGCAUUGUGAUACUAGUAAUGUUGUGUCCGUUCAAAGAACGAUUACGCGUUAUAAGAAAGAAUGUUAACUAUAUUAGAUAUCAUAUGUUAUAAAUGUAAACCUAAGAAAUGAUGUACGAGUGGGAGAAACAUGAUCUCUGUGUAUGUAAUGAUAUGAGUUUAUUUUAUGUCAAAUUUCGAUAUUAUUUUUACAUAUAAUAAUUGUGUAUUAUGUAUUGUAUUAUAUGUUGAAUGAUCUUUUGUGCUGAAUUAAUGUACAAAUAUUUUAAUUUUAUAUUUUUUACAUGAGUAUUUUGUUUUAAAAAUACUAUAUAUAUAUAUAUAUAUACAUAUAUAAAUAAACAUAUG